CCACGCCAAAUGUUGAUCGCUCGGCCAGUCGUCAGUUUCAGCCCAUUUUCCGUCGAGGAAAUAGCAGUUUUGCUGGGGGCUUGAACACCACAAAAAUUGCUGACCUUUUCGGUUGAAAAAACAUCGUCCGAAACUGACCAGAACAAAAAAAAACGUCGCUUAAAAAAAAAGAAAUUCGCAGCUAACGGUAAAUCGGCAACAUUCGUGAGUCAAGUAAUCGCGUUUCAUUCAUUGGUCGAUACAGCCACGCACACGUGACGGUUUUUUUUAAUUAGAAAGUCACCUUAAUCUUACUGCAUCAAAAAAAAACGGAAAAAAUCGGGGUUUAAAAAGAUUUUCGUCCUUUUGGAGUCAUUGAAACUGUGGUGAAAGUGCCCCGCCCCCUCAGGUGGUUCCAGCCUCUGGCGGACUCCAACGACCAGGAGAAAAUGAGCCUGAACACGCUGAUCGAGGCUGCCAAGUUUCUCGAGAUGCAGGAGCAGGCCGAACAGCAACACCGGGCAACGUUGGAAACCGCACUGGCGGGGACGAACACCACCACUAUCAGGCCAGUGACGUCGGCAGUGGUGAAUGGGGGGCAAAAUGCACAGCUACAAAACGGGACAACAGGAUCAACAAUUACUCUUCAACCCAUCAAGCUAAUCAACAGUACUACGUCUCCGCAAACGAACAUUGGCACUAUUCAAAAUGCGCAGCCUACCCAGACGGUUGUUAUCUCGAGCAAUAAUAUUUCUUCAACGUUUUUGCAAGGAGUACAAGGUCCAAUUUCGUUUGCCACAGCUACACCAAUCACAUCCACUCCACAAACCUCGUCUCAGAAUAAUGGCGUUUCCCAAUCCAGUCUCAUACAGCCGAAAAAAGAACAAGAUGGCCACAUUUCCAGUACCACUUUGUUACAAAGCCAAAGACAUAGGAUUCUAAAUAAUUCUUUUGACAUUAUGAACCCCCUAGUUAUAGAUGAAAGCAACCCGGCUGAUCAGAAGAAGAUAAGACAACCACCUUUGGUAUUUCGAUCGGGUACGAGGGAGGUUCAUAACAAACUAGAGAAACAUCGAAGAGCCCAUCUGAAAGAAUGUUUCGACGUUUUAAAGAAACAACUGCCCUCUAGCGGAGAUGAAAAGAAGACGUCCAAUUUGAGCAUUCUACAUUCAUCACUCAGAUUCAUCCAAACGUUGAAACGAAGAGAGCGCGAACUGGAACACGAGAUGGAACGACUGGCUCGAGAAAAAAUCAGUCACCAGCAACGAUUGGCCAGUUUGAAAAAGGACAUUUCCUCCCACUUCGAUAACGUGGAUUUCUCCAAACUUCUGCCCGACAUUCCGCCCAGCGCUACUAGCCUCACGCAAAACAACGUCAUCCACACUAAGGACGUUCACACCUCGAUCACUAUCGACAGGGGCACGGUCACUAGCCCGGUGGAUCACACGAAAAACAUCGUGAUCAGUUGUAUUGAAUCGACGCGAAGUGAACAGAUUCCCACCACGUCGAUAUGUUCCAGCGAAAUGGGUCAUGUGAACGGUGGUAGUGCCGCUGCGGUCAGCAGUUCGAACGCUGUGAUAAGCCAGUCAAAUUCUGUGAUAGCCACGAACGGAGAAAACAAGAUUUCGAUUCCGAUCCUGAGCAAAUCGUUGCCGAUUGUGACCCAAGCACCGGCAGUUACUAGUAUUAAAGAAGUAUCUCAACCAGUACAAACGACAGGCAUUUCAGUGUUGCCGAUGCCGUACCCGGUGAACCAGGGACUGGUACUGCAAAAAGUGGCGAUCGUACCUCACAAAGGCAUCACAGACUUAACUCCAUUGGUCUCAACUCAUUUUAUCACCACACCUCAGCAACUUAACGGGAUUAGCGGUCAACUGAACGGAAAAGUGGUACCUUUGACACAGUACGUCGUCAAACCGGUGGUUGUGAAAUUUUAUGGUUAUCAAAAAACAGAAAAAAAACCGGAGGUUUAGCAAGGAAUAAAGUACCUAAAAACUGAAAAUUUAUGAAGACAAAAUUAAUUAACAAGUGUUCUCUUAUUAUUCUAAUCUAUUUAUUAUAUAGAUUGUCUCAACUGACUAAAAUGUGUAUAAGUAUAAAUAGAUAUAAUUGUUAAACAAUUACAAUUUUCUUUCAAACUGAUGUUUUUUAAAAAAAUAAAGAGUUUUUUUUUAAGUAAAAAUUUUAAAUCAAUUUAUAUAAGGGAACACUCUAUUAUGAAUAAAGAAUUAAAAGCAAAAUCAAAACGGUGAUAUUUUACACUAGAGAAAAUUAUUUUUUGAAAAAAGACUUAUUUAUUUAUUUUUAUUUUUUACACAAACAAAAAAAUAUCUUAUUAGGCGUAUAUGAUGUUAUGUUUUAUUAAUUUUGCUAGAUUUUAUUUGCGAAUGGUAAAUGCAUGAGGGCGGGCGACAACUGAAUCGAAACUAACAUAAAUAUACAGGGUGUUCCAUAGAAGAAUGCACGCAGAGGUGUUUUUAUUUUUUCCGGCUCUAUUUGUAAAGAAUAAUACAACUAUAAAAAUUUUACAUUUCCAUUGCAGCUUUUCCUCUACAAUGGUCGAACAUUAACAAAAUAUUCCUUAGUUUGGACUAAAUUUUCUCGAAAAUAAAGACAUAAUUUAAAAUCCCGUUACAACACGGAAAUAGAUUGAAGUUUUAUGAUUACAGUGAUAUAUAAUUUAUAUGGUUUUGUAACAAAUCGCUCGCUUUUUUAUGGCAAAUACUCAAGCUCUGCAAACCUUAAUCACAGCACGUGUGUUUGGAAUUGUUGCAAAAGUUGCAAUGGGAUUGUGAAAUUUAUAUUGUCGUAUCUUUGCAACUAGAGAUGUAAAAAAAUAAAAACCAACGAUCUGGAAAAGACCAGAUUAUUUCCCGGCGCAUUCGCCAUAUUCUUCAAAAAGAAACCAGUGCUGCAGUGGUUUAUAAUGAAUUAUAGACUAACAGCUGCUUAUAUUCUUAUACGGAACACCCUGUAUACUCGUAAAGAACUGUAUUAUAUAUAGAAACGUUGUUAUGUAUUCCAAGAUCCGUAAUAAGACACAAAAUGGACUGGUAAAAUAGAAAACUUUAAUCAAAAUCUUAAUUCAAACUUACUAUAACAAAAGUAAUUCAAUAUAAAUACUGUGAACAAAGAUAGUUUUAAUCCGACUGUAGAUGUAGACGUUUUAUUUUCGAUCGUUAGUGCUAAAAAUCUGUGGUGCACAUAUAAUAAUUAUCGUCACUGUGACAUUUUUGAAGUAUUAACUAAGUAAACGAGUACAUAGUCAUAUAAAAUAUAAUAUUAUUGUAACCAUUAGAUAUUCUUUACGUCAUUCUACGAACCGAUCUGCCCAAAAAAGCGUAAACGCUAUGAAGUAACAGUUUUACACAGUUCAUUUCACUAUAAAUGACAUUCACAGUCAAUGGUAUUUAAUUCUAAUCAAAAUGUACGAAUCUUCGUACAAAAUUUUUAGGUAAUAUCAUCCUUUGUUUUGUGUUUAUUGACGUUGACUCGUAAUUUAUCGUGAAAUGAACUGUAUUAACUUCUUUUCGCACCAUAUACCGUACGAUCGAAAAAAAAACGGCGUCAGGGAUUUUCUAUGGGAAAUGUCAUCGAUCGUCAUUUCCCAGCCAACAGGGCGCCGUUUUUUUUUCGAUCAUACGGUAUUUAAUCUUCAGAACUGCUAAAUAUCUUCUAACAACUUUUCGCAAUAUAAACUACCAUCUACAGUGUCUUCCUUUUUGUUUUGUUAUAUUUUUGAGAGUUUCAAUUUAUUAUUUUACAUUUUACGUGUAUUCAUAAUUUGAAUAUCUACUUCAAACUCUGUUUCUUCAUUUUUUAGUCUAGUAAGUUAUUAGAUCUCUUAUAUUUUAAUAAAUUUAAAACCUACACAUCUUAAAAAGAUUGAUGGCAAAAUAAAAUGUUUAUUAUGUGUUUAGACGAACUAAUUUUGAUUUUUUUUUCGCUGUAUUCUGUUUUUAUUUGUAUAGUUUUUGCUGAAAACAAAUCAAUCUUUAUAUUUUUCGUGAAAAUUUUAACUGUUCACUCAAAAUAGUUCCUCUAAAUAUAUAUUAAACAAUUGACUGGUGAUUUUGUAUGUUAGGCUUGUACGAGAUAAGAUUAUAUGUAUGUAAAUAGAUGAUUAAGUAUUAUUUAAAAAUUGUAAAUAGAUUAUUUUGUACAUAAACUUCUCUUAACAGUGUACAAAAUAAAUUGAAAAGUAGAGAAAAAAAUGUUAUUGUAAAUAUAUUUUAAAGUCUCAGACACACUGAGAAUAAAUUAUACUAUAUUACGAAUAUAGAGAUUCAAAUAUUAA